UUUCAUUUGCUUUCCUUUUCCUUUUUCACGGGCUUUCAAUUUCAAACUUUGGAAAACGCAAAAGAAACAAUAAAUGCUCCCCACACUAACAUCCAAACCCUCUUUCAGUACUUUAUAAAAUCCAAGACCUCUUUCUCUUCUUCUCAAUUUAUCUCCUCCAAACACUUUCAUGCAAAAACCCCACACAAAAAAGUGAAAAAGAAAAUGGCAACAACAACAGCCACCAUUUCCAUCCUCUUCCAUAUCCUCAUCUUCUUUACUACCACUCCAAUAAUCCAUACCCAAACCAGUCCCAUCAAAACCAUUGUCGUCCUGGUCAUGGAGAACCGCUCUUUCGACCACAUGCUUGGUUGGAUGAAGCGCCUCAACCCGGAAAUCAAUGGUGUUGAUGGGUCGGAGUCCAACCAGCUUUCGGUUACCAACCCGAACUCUCAGCGGUUUUUCUUCCAGAACCAGUCCCACUAUGUGGACCCAGAUCCUGGACACUCGUUCCAGGCCAUCCGGGAGCAAAUAUUUGGGUCGGAAAAUACCUCAUCGGACCCACCUCCGAUGAAUGGGUUCGCACAGCAGGCAUUUUCAAUGGACAACACCACCAACAUGUCCAGAGAUGUCAUGAAUGGUUUCUCACCUGACAUGGUCGCCGUCUAUAAAACUCUUGUCUCUGAGUUUGCCGUCUUUGAUAGGUGGUUUGCGUCCGUACCAUCUUCAACGCAGCCAAACCGGCUCUUCGUCCACUCCGGCACAUCAGCCGGAGCGACGAGCAACAUUCCGGCAAUGUUGGCCAAAGGCUACCCACAAAGGACCAUCUUCGAGAAUCUGGACGAUGAGGGCAUAUCUUUCGGGAUAUAUUACCAAAAUAUCCCUGCCACGCUGUUCUACAGGAACUUGAGGAAGCUGAAAUUCAUAGAUAACUUCCAUUCAUACGACCUAGCGUUCAAGAGCCACGCUAAGGCCGGGAAGCUCCCACGGUACGUUGUGGUGGAGCAGCGGUACACGGAUACCAAGAAAUCCCCCGCCAAUGAUGAUCAUCCAUCCCAUGACGUGUACCAAGGGCAGAUGUUCGUGAAGGAGGUGUACGAAACUCUCAGGGCUAGCCCGCAGUGGAACCAAACCCUGUUCGUGAUCACUUAUGAUGAGCAUGGUGGGUUCUUUGAUCAUGUGCCCACUCCUGUCCGUGGGGUCCCCAGCCCUGAUGGGAUUGUGGGACCCGAACCCUUUUUGUUUCAUUUUGAUCGCUUGGGGGUCCGGGUUCCUACCAUCGUGGUCUCUCCUUGGAUUCAAAAGGGUACUGUUGUACAUGGGACUAAUGGAUCACCAACUCCCACAUCAGAAUUUGAACACUCAUCUAUUCCAGCAACAGUUAAGAAGAUGUUCAACCUAUCUUCACCCUUUCUAACCAAGAGGGAUGAAUGGGCUGGAACAUUUGAACAUGUAGUCCAAGUUAGGACAGAACCAAGAACUGAUUGCCCAGAGCAACUACCAACGCCAGCGAAGAUCAGGAAGACCGAGGCGAAGGAAGAUGCAUUGCUGACUGAAUUCCAGCAGGAGCUAAUGCAGCUUGCGGCAGUCCUAAAAGGAGACAACAUACUGACAAGUUAUCCGCAAAAGAUAGGGAAGAAAAUGACUGUUAGACAAGGGAAAGAGUACAUGGAAGAUGCAGUAAAACGCUUCUUCGAUGCAGGGCUCUAUGCUAAAAGAAUGGGAGUUGAUCAAGAACAGAUUGUCCAGAUGAGACCAUCUCUCACUACAAGAUCUUCAUCCAACAAAAACCCAUAAAACUAGUCACAAUCAAGUUAGGUAGAUUGGGAAGCAAUAUAUAGCAAUGUAAAAUGUAUAUAACUAACUAUGUUGCUCUAUUUUCUAUACAAAAAGAGAGAAAUUUUAGUAGUGAAAUUCAGGAAGAAAAUUGGUAUUUGUUACUGAUAGAACAAUUGUUGCAUUUACUAGACCAGUCACAAUAAGUUUUAUAAAAUAGAAAGCAAUAAUAAGUUAUGGAAUUACCACCAUGCAAUCUUAUUAUUAUUAUUAUUUUU